AUACUUAUUUAUUUAUAUAUUCUGCUUUUAUUAGCUACUCGGGCAAUUCUCGAUAUCGAUUAUAUAGUAUUAAUAUAUAAUAUUAAUAGAUACUCUUAUUGUCUCGAUAGACUAUUUUUUUUUUAG